ACACACUCAGACACAGACACACGCACACACGCAGCCAACACUUGGCCGAAUGCAAUGCCACUGCACGGACACACUACACACCCUGCAUUCGGCGAGGUGUCAAUGGGCGAGUCUAUUUUCUGAACUGUCUGGGUCAGGCUGUCUGGCUAACAGACGAAGCCAUCAGACUGUCUGACUCGUUUCAAGGCCUGGCGUGGACAUUUACAAAAACAUCGAAUUCGGGCUGGUAUCACGCAGGGCCAUUCAAAAGGAAUUUUGUGUGAAUUCGAGGAGUACUUUUUUUGGAAACAGCUGCGGUUGAAAAAUGUAGACCAUGAUGAUGAUUUAGUUGUGAGAAUGUGAAUGUGGCUCCCUGUCGAUGCAUUUUGUCUGGUGUAUAUUACGACCAAGGCCAAGAGGAGUGUGAAAAUGUGGAAGUUUUCGUCGUAAUUCAUCUCCCUAUCUUUUAGGCCUCUUGCCCAACGGGCCAGAUGAAAUGUCUGUUUAACUUCUGGAUACAUCGGUCGGGCCAGAGUCAAAAGGAAAUAAGGAUACUUCGACGAUGACAUCAAUUGAAAAACGCUGUGCCCAUUUGCUCUUUGUCGUUUUCCUUUCAACUGCUUUUGAUACAGUGUCCAGCAGUGAGCCACCUCUGACCUCUGGCCGGCCGGGUGGGGGCGGGGCAUGGUCCAGUGCCGCCCCCUACUCUGACCACGCCCCUCGUGACCCCCAUGACCCCGCCGAGGGUCAAGCCGCACCCGCUGACCCCCCUGACCCGGAUUUGACCCCUCCUGACACCCUGCGCGGCAACGGCAGCAGCAGCGAUUACCAUGACAACAGCAAUGGCGCCAGUGUUGGAGUAGCAGGCGCCGACGACUGGACAAACGACGGCAACAACAACAACAACAACAACAAUGUGGAUAGCGACACAAGGAGUACCGAUACCCCCACCAUCACGACUACGACCACCCCCAUCGUCAACUCACACCACGGUGAUGAUGAUGAUGCCGACGACCCCGCCGUCAGUGAUACUGGAUAUAGUAACGACGCCGCUGCCGCUGCCUCAUUGUCGUCCUCGCUCUCAUCAUCAUCAUCAUCAUCAUCAUCAUCAUCAUCAUCAUCGUCAUCAUCAUCAUCCUCCUCCUCCUCCUCCUCCGGCCACCCCUCGGGCCACGGCAGUCUGUGUGCCUACUACGACGACCACCCGUCCUCAUCCUACGCCGGCUUAGACGGCAGCAGCAACAACUACAACAACAACAACAACAACGGGCGUGGUAUGGGCGGUGCGGGUAACCCCGGGCUGGACAAGCGGUCCUACAACAGCGGGGGCCCGGGGGCGGGGUCAUCGCGGAGGUACCAGAGGCGGCACCAGCCUGUGUCGUCAUCGUCGUCAUCGUCAUCGUCAGUGGGCGGCAGUGGGGUGGGCCUGGUGGGCCAGGUGUUCCCGAGCAACGGCAGUGUCCUGUGUAACAGCUACUGCUUCACUCUGUGGGUGGCUGACCCCUACAACAGGUCAAGGGUCACCGUGCAUAAACAAGGUGAGGCUGUGUGUGUGUGUACUCUCUUUUUGUCUCUCUCUCUCUCUGUCUCUCUCUCUCUCUCUCUGUGUCUUUAUCUCAGUAUGCUUGGAUGGUUGGUCAACACGUCCUCUAUCCAGUCCGGCAUUCAGAAAGAUCAACAGACAGAUCGCGAAAAGCCUUUCAGAGCAGCCAUUCUAAGCCAUGAGAUUGCCUCAAGAGUCAAAGAGACUCAGGAACGAUAA